AUGGUAAAACUGCCCAGGUUAAUGCUUGUUUGUUGGUUAAAUGGUUCUCAGGUUGAAGCAUCAACUGAAUAUGUUUACACAGUGAAUGAUGGACCGAGGCAUUUCAUAAUCGAUUUGAAGAAGAAAACUUGCAGCUGCAGGAUGUUCCAACUGGACGAGAUACUGUGUUCUCAUGCAUGGGCAGUAUUGAAGAAUAAAAAUUUGACCGCUGAUGCAUAUUGUUCGAAAUUAUUCAAGCCAGAAACAGUUGUGAACACAUAUGAUGUGCCGGUUGAUCCUCUUCCCGAUGAGACCGAGUGUAAUGUUCCUAAAAGCAUAUCAGAUGAAGUUGUUAUGCCACCGAUCUAUAAGAGACCCCCUGGGAGGCCAAAAAAGAAGAGGGUCAUUACAGGAGUUGAUGAUUGGUAA